AUGCAGUGGCAGACGUGUGUGUUACUGCUGUGUGUGACGGCCAUAUUGGCGGACGACGAAUGGCGGGAAGUGAAAACUUCACAGGGGGUUGUGCGCGGUCGCAAGCACCCUACGGAGGAUAUAUACACAUUCUAUAAUAUACCUUAUGCCACAGCACCUGUUGGUGUUGACAAGUUCAAGGCACCCCUUCACCCACCAGUAUGGUUGCAACCAUAUGACGCCAUUGACAAGCAAGUGGUUUGCCCUCAACCUAUAUUCCCAUUUUCUGAUCUCCAGCCAAGUACCCUCGUACAACAAGAAAAUUGUCUGAUUGCUAAUGUUUUCGUACCAAACACAAACAAGAAGAAUCUUUCCGUGGUAGUGUAUGUUCAUGGAGGUGCCUUCAUUAUGGGAUGGGGAGAAAUGUUUAAAGCAACACAGUUAAUGAACAAAAAAGAUAUUAUUGUUGUUACGUUCAACUAUCGACUGGGUGUUCAUGGCUUCCUUUGUCUCGGUACUGAAGAUGCACCCGGCAAUGCUGGAAUGAAGGAUCAAGUAGCAUUGCUGCGUUGGGUGCAAAAGAACAUCGCCAGCUUUGGUGGUAACCCAGAUGACGUCACAAUUCUAGGGUAUAGUGCGGGGGCUGCAUCAGUAGACCUGUUACUGCUUUCCAAGUCAGCCGAAGGAUUGUUUCAUCGAGUAGUACCAGAGAGUGGGGGAAAUCUUGCUGCAUUUUCAAUUCAACGAGACCCCCUUGAAGUUGCCAAAACUUAUGGCAAGAAAUUACACUUCUCUGAUGUGGAUGAUAUCAAUUCAUUGGGACAUUUCUAUAAAACGACUCCUUUAGAAGUGUUACUAUCAGACCCGUUUUUUGAUAGAACUGAUUCUACUUUUAUGUUCUCUCCAUGUGUUGAACGUGACAUUGGAGUAGAAACUUUUCUGACAGAAUCUCCUCUGAGUAUAUUAAAGGGAGGAAACUACAGCAAGUUACCUGUCCUAUAUGGGUUCGCUAACAUGGAAGGAUUAUUCCGGAUGGACCUCUUUAAUAUUUGGAAACACAAAAUGAACACGAAAUUUUCUGAUUUCUUACCAGCUGACUUACAGUUUGAAUCUGAACAAGAAAGAGAAGAAGUCGCCAAUAAAAUAAAGAUGUUUUACUUUGGUGAUAAACCCGUCAGCGAAGAGAAUAUUUUAGGUUACGUUAAUUACUUUUCGGAUAUCAUAUUUACAUAUCCAAUGCUUUGGGCAACUAAGUUACAAGUGGAGGCAGGCAACAAUCAAAUUUAUUUGUAUGAAUACUCAUUUGUUGAUGACGAUGUUCCUGUGGUACCACAUACUGACGUCCAAGGUGCAAACCAUUGCGCUCAAUCAAUGGCAAUAGCUGAUGGCAAAAAUUUUACAUACCCAGAUGAAUCACUAGCAACUCCAGAGUAUCAGAACAUGAAGAAAAUAAUGCGAGAAAUAUGGCACAACUUUAUUAAAACCGGAAAACCUGUGCCUGAAGGGUCUUCACUGCCUGCUUGGGCACCAGCUGGUGCCGACAGGUCACCACACAUGUUGCUGGGUCAGAAGAUAGAGCUGCGUGGGGUACUGCUGGAAGAACGCACACGCUUCUGGGAUGACAUCUACCAGAGAUACUACCGGGAGCCUGUACCACCUUCGCCAGCGUCGCACUUUGAAUUAUAG